AUGGCUCAUCGCAAUGGCACAGUGGUGAGUGAGUUCACCCUCCUGGGCUUUACUUCCCGACGUGACCUUCAGCUCCUUCUCUUCAUCUUCUUCUUACCCAUCUAUCUUCUUGGUCUCCUGGGGAGUUUGUGCUUGGCUCUUCUCAUCUGGGUUGAACAGCCCCUCCACACUCCCAUGUACUAUUUCCUGAGUCAUCUGGCCCUGAUGGACUUGUGUUCCUGCUCCACAGUAGCCCCCAAGAUGCUUGUAGGCCUCUUGAGAGGGCAUGACACCAUUCCUAUCCCAGCCUGUGCCCUCCAGAUGUUCUUCUUUGCAGCUGCUUCUGAUGCCGAGUGCUGUCUGUUGGCUGCCAUGGCUUAUGAUUGUUAUGUAGCCAUAUGCCACCCACUACACUAUGGAGCUGCCAUGCCACGGCGCCUAUGUCAAGUCCUAGUAGCUAUGUCCUACACAACUGGGACAGCUUCUGGGGCCAUCCACACCAGCAUGGCAUUCCGCCUGCCCUUCUGCAGCACUUACAUGUUGGACCAUUUCUUUUGCGACAUCCCUCCAGUUCUGGCUUUGUCCUGUACCAGCACAGAACUUAACCAGCUCCUGCUGUUGGCUGUGUGUGGAGCUAUUCAAAGCAUCACUCUGGCAGCCAUUGUUGCCUCCUAUGGAAUGAUCCUCUGCACUGUGGGCCAUAUCGGGUCACAGCGAGCUCUCUCCACCUGUGGUUUCCACCUUACAGCUGUGGGGGUACUCUACGACACCCUCAUUUUCAUGUACCUACGGCCCAAUGGCACAUUCGCCUCCCAAACUGACAAGAUGGCAUCCGUCUUCUACACAGUGAUCAUCCCUGUGCUCAACCCUACUAUCUACAGCCUUCGUAAUGUGGAAGUCAAGCGGUUGGUGAGAUGGAGAUUCAGUGAACAGAGGCACCCAACCUGCUGUUUCUGA